CCGACACAGAAAAAGGGCAAUUCAGCUUCGGUAAUUGUGGUCGGCGCACUAUGACCUUACUCUCGUGUGUAUGGCCAGGGGGACAGACGGGGGUUGGGCUCGACGUUUAUUCCUAGAAGAGAUUCUGGGAGAAAAAAAAAGUCUGUGUCUCAAGGACAAAAGCCCGUGUAUGUUAGGUUUGAGUGUGCAGUUGUUUUUUAUUGGACAAAAAAAAACAAAAAAAACAACCCAGCACCAAAACAAGGUCCGGUUACGUCUUCAUCGAUGUGGGGAUUUGUGUGUAAACUGGAGAUAUUUCAUAAACCUGAUGAGGCUUUUCAUCUCUCAGCAAUUCAUUUUGGAGCAUCUUCAUCGUUUGAUGUUUCGGCCUCGGAUGUUUGGACAUCUCCUAGCGAUAAAUCCGACCAUUAACUCGUCUGUUCUCUGAUCCUUCACUUCCUCCCUCCAACAGGUGUUGGCCUUGCUCUCGAUCCCGUCCACCUGCAGCACCGUUCGGUCUUCUGGCCAGCUUCCGCUCAUGUCCUGGAGGUGUCUGAUGACCACGGCACUCUGUCUAUCUGUUCUCCACUCGACCCCCACCGCCACCUCUUCUCUCGCCUCUCCCCUUUCACACCCCGCCAGCUAAUGGACUGCCUUGCCCCUCCCCUGACAUCCCUCUCUCCAUCUCUGACUCUGAAGCAGUGAGGAGAGAAGAGGAGAGGCGAGGAAAAGGAGAGGAAGCAGCAGCACUGUUCCCACUGUUCCCACAGGCCCUUGCCUCACUGCUGCUCCAGUGGCUCAAUAACUACCUCACAAGCCAAGAGAUCCCGUCGUCCAGCUCGCUGGUGAAGAGAACCGAGGGCAGGUCACACUCACCAUGGCUGGCAGGGCCGUGCGCCAGGUGGCCUUGGCUCUGUCCCUGAUGCUCAGCCUGGCAGCAGGAGCUUGGGUCGGCUGCCCCGGGGCCUGCCGCUGUUCCUUCGCCAUGCUCCAGUGCUUGGAAGAGGACGGCAUCAACAACAUCCCGGUGCUGGCACAGCAGGACAGUGAGAACGUCACAGAAAUCUACAUCGAGAACCAGCCGAACCUGGAGAAGAUCACAGACGUGGACUUCGUUAACUAUCGAGAGCUGAAGAACCUCACAGUUACAGACUGCGGCUUGUUCCUCAUCUCCAAUAAAGCCUUCCAAUCCAACUUAAAGCUGCAAUAUGUGAACCUGGCCUCAAACUCGCUCAUGCACAUCGGCUGGAAGGUCUUCCACUCGCUUCCUCUGCAGAACCUGGUUCUGAGGCAUAACCCUCUUACUUGCUCGUGUGGCCUGUACUGGCUUCAGGAGUGGCAGAAGAUGAAGCGGGUCGACAUCGACAGCCAACAGAGCUGCUGGUACAACGGCAGCAGCGUCCGGCUCAACAGAUUCGUGAUGGAGAACUGCAGUGUCCCUGAGGUGUCCAUCAAUGCUCCAGUACUCACCAUUAAGGAGGGUGGAGAUCUGACGUUCGAGUGCCAGGUCAGCGGCGUUCCAGUGCCGAGUAUCAGAUGGAGGACGGAGGGCCUUAAUUCCAGUUUUAUUCUGCAGCGUGGGAUCUGGGGCUCCACUUUGGAGCUGGUGCUUCACCUGUUAAAUGUGUCGAAUGCGGACAACCUGCACAAUCUCACCUGUGAGGCGGAGAACGAAGCGGGCCCAGGAGAGGCGAUGGUACAGCUCAACAUCGAGUUCCCGGGGAGGAUCCUGUUCUUGAACCCGCCGGAGCCGCAGCAUCACUGGUGCAUCCCCUUCGCCGUGGACGGCAAUCCAGCACCGAGCAUCAGGUGGCUGUACAACAACAUGCCACUGAUGGAGACCCUGUACACCUACACGCAGCUCAUCCCGGACUCGGACGACGGUUCCGUCCAACACGGCUGCCUCUUCCUCAACAAGCCCACUCACCUCAACAACGGCAACUACACACUCUUCGUGGAGAACACGCUGGGCCGAGCCCAGGCCACGGUCAGCGGCAAGUUCAUGGAAAACCCGUUUGACCCCUUCGACCCUGAAGGCAUAAUCCCUGUGCUAACCAGUGACCCAACGCCUACCAACCAGUCGAGCGAUGGCGUGACGGAGAACCUGGAAAACCGGCUGUUCGGGGUGUCUGUCGCUGUGGGUCUCGCUGUAUUCGCUUGCAAGUUCCUGAUCAUAAUGGUGUUGGUGAUCAAUAAGUGCGGGCAACACUCCAAGUUCGGCAUCCAUCGCUCGUCUGUUCUAGGGAAGGAAGACGACUUGGCCGUCUCGCUUCGCUUCAUGAACUUCGGCACGAGUCCUCCUUCCUCGGACGAAGGCAUGCUGGACCCCGGGCUCUCCAGCUUUGUGGAGAACCCGCAGUACUUCUGCGGCAUCAUCAAAGACAAGGACAUGUGUGUGCAGCACAUUAAGAGGCAGGACAUCAUGCUGAAGUGGGAGCUGGGCGAAGGAGCUUUCGGGAAGGUUUAUUUAGCCGAGUGUGCUAACCUCUGUCCCGACACCGACAAGAUGCUGGUGGCCAUAAAGACGCUGAAGGACGCUAACGAGUCGACUCGGCAGGACUUCCAGCGCGAGGCCGAGCUCCUGACCGUGCUCCAGCAUGAGCACAUCGUCCGCUUCUACGGAGUGUGCACUGACGGAGAACCUCUCGCCAUGGUGUUCGAGUACAUGCGGCACGGCGACCUAAACCGCUUCCUCAGGGCUCAUGGUCCGGAUGCUCGGAUCCUGGACGAGGUGAAGAUGCCACCGAUGGGUCAGCUGACCCUGCUGCAGAUGCUCCAGAUAGCAGCCCAGAUCGCCUCUGGUAUGGUAUACCUGGCCUCACUCCACUUCGUGCACAGAGACCUGGCAACCAGAAACUGCCUGGUCGGUGAAGGUCUCGUGGUGAAGAUCGGCGACUUCGGCAUGUCCAGAGACAUCUACAGCACUGAUUACUACAGGGUUGGUGGAAGAACCAUGCUACCUAUUCGUUGGAUGCCUCCUGAGAGUAUCAUGUACAGAAAGUUCACCACAGAGAGUGACAUCUGGAGUUUUGGGGUGGUUCUGUGGGAGAUCUUCACCUACGGAAAACAGCCGUGGUAUCAGCUGUCCAACAGCGAGGCGAUCGAGUGCAUCACGCAGGGCCGGGAGUUGGAGCGGCCGCGGACGUGUCCUAAAGAGGUCCACCAGCUCAUGCAGGGGUGCUGGCAGAGAGAACCGCAACAACGUCUCGUCAUCAAGGAAGUCUACAACCGCCUCGUAGCCCUGGUCAAGAACCCUCCGGUCUACCUGGACAUCCUGGAGUGAAACGGAUCUGCGAAGGGACGGCCGGAGGUUCGGGUCAAAGGGACAAAUUUGCGCUGAGAAAGAGAGACAAGGGGACGGAAGAAGAUCCAGGAGUCCCUCGUUCCGUGUUCGGUCCAACUGAGCGUCCAUCAGGACUUUUGGGAAGGACAACGUUGGCGAGAACAUUUCAUAUCUCCAUUAUAACUCCUCCCACUUUUAAUAAAUCAGGAAAUUGAAUCGAGUCAAACCGAGCCUGUCGCUGACGCUAGCGGGAGAAGGUCGGAUUUAUUUUAACGCCAGCGACAGGAACGUAAUCGCCCCUGUAUGUCAUCUCUGUCUUUUUUUUUUGUUGUCGUUGUGUGUUUUAUAAGUACGCAGUGUCGUGCCAAGUCGAUUGCGUCAGAAUGUUCACAUGCCCCUUGUCUUGCAGUCGUGAAUAAUCUCUGUAUUCUAUAGAAACGUGUUAUGAGUGCACUGAAAUCGCAUGUACUGGACUUUCCUUAUUCUUAAACAGCACCACACCUCCCCCGACCCAUUUCUAAUCACGUCCAUUUUAUUCCAUUUACAGCAUUCACAGCUACACACACACACGCAUACACACGCAUACACACGCAUACACACGCAUACACACGCAUACACACACACACACACAGUUACACACGCAUACACACACAUACACACACAUACACACACACAUACACACACACAUACACACACACAUACACACACACAUACACACACACAUACACACACACAUACACACACACAUACACACAUACACACACAUACACACACACAUACACACACACAUACACACACACAUACACACACACAUACACACACAUACACACACACACACACACACAGUUACACACACACACAGUUACACACACACAGUUACACACACACAGUUACACACACACACACACAGUUACACACACACACACACACACGCACACAGACACACGCACACAGACACACGCACACAGACACACGCACACAGUUACACGCACACACACACACACACAGUUACACACACACACACACACACACAGUUACACACACACACACACACACACACAGUUACACACACACACAGUUACACACACACAGUUACACACACAGUUACACACACACACACACACACGCACACAGACACACGCACACAGACACACGCACACAGACACACGCACACAGUUACACGCACACACACACACACAGUUACACACACACACACACACAGUUACACACACACACACACACAGUUACACACACACACACACACACACACACGCACACAGACACACGCACACAGACACACGCACACAGACACACGCACACAGUUACACGCACACACACACACACACAGUUACACACACACACACACACACACAGUUACACACACACAUACACACAUACACACAGUUACACACACACAGUUACACAUACACACACAGUUACACACACACACGUACACAUACACAGUUACACACACAUACACACAGUUACACACACACACACACACACACACACACAGAAUGAUGUGGAUGGUGUAAAAAGUUGAAUGUCUGUUCUACAGUUUGUACGUUGACUUUUUUCCUCUGCAUUUAUUUUCCUUCGUAAGUUAAUCUCCUCCUGUGUGGUUAAUCGGCUCCACUGAAACUCUGUAUAUAGAACGCUAACCGUGUCACGAUGCUAAUCCGGCGGAAACGGACAAUAAACUGACAAACAGGCUUGAAGAA